AUGAAGAUCACACAGGUACCACUCGAUGAGAGUACCUCUCUUCCACCAAGCGACCCUGACGACACAACUUAUGUGAGUCUGCUUCAUGAACUAGGCACAGAGGGAUGCCUCCUUGACUGCGAAGAAUGGGUGACUAAACAAGCGGUGUCUGACCGACGGACGACAAACCCAGCCGAGAAACGUGAGAAGUGGAAUAGAAUCAGAGGGCUCAGAAAAGAGUCUAUCAAAAAACAACGCCAAGUGUUGCAGACAGAAGCGCGACUGUCAAAUAGGAAGCUCAAAUCCAAGCGAAAUCCAUUCAUGCUGAAGGAUCUCGAGGCCUCGACCAAUGCGGGCUGCGGAUGCUGUCGAUUCUUCAGUGCCAUGUUGGGUUGCCUUCUGCAACCACCUUUGGACCUUGACCGAGAGACCUUGUUACUCGAAUGGGUCGGUUACAAUUUUUAUCUGAAGAUGCAGGACAAACGACGCCAAAAGCCGAUUUCCUUCCAAUUCUUCUCACCAUCAGGCGCAAAGAUCAUUAUCCGUGGCCUCAAGUCUGCAAACAUAUUACCUGGAGAUACAUCGUCAUCAGCGUCAUUCGAAGCCGCAAAAGAUCAUUUCAAGGGCAUAGCGUUCUCAGUGCUUCCAAAGACAUUCCAAGAUGCUGUUUUGAUAACAAAACAACUUGGAGUACGGUACCUUUGGAUUGACUCUCUCUGCAUCAUCCAGGAUUCAGGUGAAGAUUGGGCAGUAGAAUCCAGUAAGAUGGCCGAUAUCUAUCAGAAGAGCCACAUUACUAUUGCUGCUGUCUCGUCUUCCGACUCUAGGGGAGGGUGUUUAUUCACUACCAAGCUGAGCGAUCUAUACUUUCGCGUUCAGUUUAACGACUCGGAAAUUCUUAUUGCUGUACGGUGUUAUGAUCGCGACGGGAUAGUGGAAGAUAUUGACAGCUUCAAAGACGCUUAUCCUGCACUGACUCGGGCCUGGAUCUACCAGGAGCGUAUGCUCUCACGACGAAUCCUCUACUAUACAUACCGAGAGCUCCAGUUUGAAUGUCGUGAACACAAGGCCUGCGAGUGCGGCAAUCCAUUUAUUCCGCCUCAUCCGGUACCGACGUCACCUGCCUAUAAAGCAAUGCUGCAGGCCAAAAACCAAUAUGCAGAGCUUGGAAAACACUAUGGAGUGAAAGGGAGAUAUUCUGACGAUCAGGCAUGCGAACAUUGGCAAAAGACGGUGAUGCAGUACACCAAACUUCAUCUAACAAGGAGCUCUGAUAAGUUGCCAGCACUGUCCGGAUGUGCCAAGGAUAUUGGUCGCCUGACAGGAGAUGAAUAUCUUGCAGGAUUUUGGAGGGCUAAACUUGCUGAGGAAUUACUCUGGGUUGUCAACGCUCCCGUGAACCAGCCACGAACAGUAAACUGGAGAGCACCUAGCUGGUCAUGGGCAAGCGUAGACACUACGAAUGGAAUCGAUUACAUCUAUCCCUUAGAGACACGAUACAAGGAAGCAUUUCGGGCCAGAAUCGAGGGCGCCGAGUGCGUGCCCGCCACCAUUGACAAGACGGGCGCUGUCAAGUCUGGGUGCAUUCGCUUGCGCACAUCUCUAUGCCCCGUUUACCUUCGCAGAAUCUGCCUGGCUCUCUACGAGAAGCCCCAGCAUCACACCUUGUCCUGCUAA